AAGAUGAUUUGCUGCGGCGGUGAGGAGGAAGAGGCGUACGCUCCCCGUGCAGCCAGUCGCAGUCGCAGCCGGCACCCAACACCAGCGACGCAGUACAAUGCAGGCCCUGGUAAGCCAAGAGGACCAAAUGCACCGAGGAACGGCGGGCCGCCGCCGAAGGUCCUCCCAGCCAUCUCCAUGGCUGAGCUGAACAACAUCACCGGACACUUCGGGGAGACGGCCUUGAUAGGAGAAGGUUCAUACGGCCAAAUCUACAGGGCCGUGCUGACCUCGGGCGAGCCGGUUGCCAUCAAGAAGCUUGAUCCCAGCGUGUCAGGCGAUUCUGAAGCAGACUUCUCUGCUCAGCUGUCGAUGGUUUCGAGGCUAAAGAACGAGUUUUUCAUCCAGCUGAUGGGCUACUACUGCGAUGCAAGACACAGGAUCUUGGUCUACCAGUUUGCCACGCACGGCUCACUGCACGACACUCUUCACGGCAAGAAGGGCGUGAAGGACGCGACGCCGGGGCCGGCGCUGAACUGGAGCCAGCGGGUGAAGGUGGCGUACGACGCGGCGAGGGGGCUGGAGUACCUCCACGAGAAGGCCCAGCCGUCCAUCGUCCACCGCGACGGGCGGUCGAGCAACGUGCUCCUCUUCGACGGCUACGAGUCCAAGCUCGCCGACUUCAGCCUUACCGCCCAGCCGCCCGACGGCGCCGCGCGGCUGCACUCCACCCGCGUUCUUGGGACCUUCGGCUACCACGCGCCGGAGUACGCGAUGACGGGACAGCUUAAUCAGAAAUGUGUACAGCUUUGGGUCAUCCUUCUAGAGUUAAUGACCGGCAGAAAGCCAGUGGACCACACCAUGCCUAAGGGACAGCAGUCUCUUGUAACAUGGGCGACGCCGAGGCUGAGCGAGGAUAAGGUGAAGCAGUGCGUGGAUCCGAAGCUUGGGAAUGACUAUCCUCCAAAAGCUGUUGCCAAGAUGGCGGCGGUGGCGACGCUGUGCGUGCAAUACGAGUCCGAUUUCCGGCCGAACAUGACGAUCGUGGUGAAGGCGCUGCAGCCUCUUCUCAGCAAGCCAGCCGGACCUGGAGGAGGGCCCUAGUAGAGCACGACCAUACUUACUGCAUCCGUCUCAUAAUAACUUUAUUUUUUAUUUUUUCAUGU